AUGAGUUCACGACGGUACAAUCCUGCCGACCUGGGGUUAGACCUCGACUACAGAGGCAAGAUAGUCACUGUGUCUAUAUGGCGACCGCGAAUUCAAGUCAAUGCUGCUGGGGGCAAAGAAUUGGUUGCGCACAAAAGUUCGCCGGAUCAGGAGUUUCGCAGCGAGGAUGGAAACCAAAUCGGCGACUCACAAGCUGGUCUGCGCCUCCGCCUUGAAGACUUUACACUAGCCGCCUACGCCGACGAAAACGUAUCCUUGGAUAGUGAGAUAUUCAUCUCUGCACAUGACCUCUUUAGGUACCUCAUCACCGCAGAGGAGAACGACCUAACAUAUAAAGCAAGCUUGAAUUUCGACGCUAUUAACUCUAGAACUCGAAAGCGGACUUGA